ACCCACCGCGCUUUGUUGAUGUUCGUCACCACGGCACCCUUUUCCGCCAGCGGCCUACUUUACACAUAGAGCCGCUCGUCGCGGUUCAUUCCGUCCCGUCGUGCAAUACGCUUUGUUGACGUUCGUCACCACGGCAGCCUUGCUGACACGACUUGUAUUCUACGUCUUGCGGCGGUAUUGACAGAUUUCCCAUAGAAGCGGAUGGAUGUCCGGCGCUGCAAGAAGCGAAGCCGCUGGAGAUGCAGGUGUCUCUGGCCGUUUACAUUACCGAGCCGGGUUAGUAAGACUACCAACCAGCUGUGUUCGUUCUGACUAUCAUCUUGUGUAUAAGCCGGUACUUUGGUCGUGGUGGUGAUGAUGACCUGAAAGAAAUAGUGGCGUGUACUCAGAAUGGGUCCAGAUGUCCCUUUACUAAAUGAAUACAAGCAAGAAUUCUUCUGGAAACGAUUUCCUCAAACAGUACUCGGAGGAUUACGGCUAAAACUUGGCUACUGUGCCCCACCAUAUAUCUACAUAAACCAGAUAAUUCUUUUCUUAACACCAUGGGUUUUUGGAGGUGUAGGGACCAUACUGCAUCAGCUGCUGGUCUUAGAAGACUAUUACGCUGCUGCUCUGUCAGGAGGGUUAAUGGUGGUUGCUGGAUUUGUUAUCCAGAUCAUGAAUGUAUAUGCCAGACGCAGAGUUGCCUCUGUCGAAAGACUACAGACCCAAAAUAUCCUCACAGAUGAAGAGGAGUUUGAGUUUUCCAGUUGUGCUGCCUCAGAUACCAUCAAGUUUAUUAUAUCUGGGAAAAGGUUUAUUUUUAACACUAUUUUUCAUCCUUUACUAGCAGGUGCCUUGUGUGGUUUGGGGACCUGGUAUUUAUUACUUGACAGAUUGACUUCUUUGUACAACAAUACAGGUGCCACUGUUAUCAUCUUUAUUUUUGGAUGGAUAACCUUAUGCAUUGCUGAAUAUUCAUUAAUUAUAAAUACAGCCACCGAAACUGCUACAUUCCAACCACAAGAUACAUAUGAAAUCACUCCUCUUACUCGACCUAUCUACAUCUUUGCCUUCAUAGCAGUGGAUCUUGCACAAAGGUUUAUUAACAACAUUCCAGAUCUUCAGCAGGCUAACCAGGUUUUGCACAUUAUAUUUCUGUUUCUUCCUCUCCUCUGGGCCUUUGGUGUACUUUCUCCAGUCGAUGCACUUUUUCUGUGGGGCAUGGAACAGACUCUAGUGUUUGGUCUUGGAGGUUCACCAAUGUCAACCAAUAUAGGGCUGGUGCUGAUGUUCAUCAUUUCCACUGGAGUAGCUGUAGGAGCUUAUUUUAUUCCAAGCUCACUUGGAGUUGUGCUUUUCACAGCUGGAAUGGGAUUUUUUUUAAGCCUUGACCUGACUCAGAUAAAGUUCCUCUUCAGGUUCUGCUGUAAAAGACCUGAAUUUGUGAAGGAUUAUACAGAUUUACCAAGCAGUUUUGGUUGGAGACUUGGUUGGCGAGAAGUCUUUCUUUAUCAGGCUAUCCUAGUAAUAGCACUGGCAGAAGCUGGUCUACUACAUCAUUUUGUAACUUCUUCAGAGACCUCCUCAACAAGCCCUCAGGCUAUCAUCAGCUAUAUCUUAAUCACAUUGCUUGCUCUUGUAUGGACCCUGCGAGAAAUUCAAGAUGUGUACAUUCUCUUUGGAGUCUUCCGUAAUCCAUUCUACCCAAAACAAAUUCAGAAUGUUAAUCUUUUUAAGCAACAACAAGUCCGGCUUAAGAAGGCUGGGAUUUUUAGGAGACUGCUCAUCAGUUUUGUGUCGCCGUUUGCCAUGAUUGCCUUUCUUUCCAUCGAUAUUUCCUUGCAGAACCUCCACACUGCAUCUCUCUGCAUUGGAUUUACUAGAGCUUUUCGAACACUAUGGCAGAACACUGAAAAUGCUUUGAUGGAGAUGGUGAUCGUUGCAAUUUUGCGUUUGGCAGCUUUAAACAACAAUAUGGAAUGGUGGGACAGUUUGGGUACUGGAGUUCAGCUGCUCCUGGUUGGAAUUAUAUGGGAUCGCCUGACUCAAUUCAUUUUGAAGCUGAAAUUUGCAUUAACUGUACUUAUCACUUCAUGGACAGAGAAGAAGCAGAGAAGAAAGUCCAGUGCAACUCUUAUAAUCCUGAAUACUGUCUUUUUUCCAAUGCUACUGGUGAUCAUAACCUUUUCGGCAGUAAUCUCUGCACCUCUGCUGCCUCUCUUUACAUUACCUUUGUUCCUUAUUGGCUUCCCCAGACCAGUACGGAGUUGGCCAGGUUCUGUUGGUGCUACUGCCUGCACAUGUCCUGAUUCUGUAUAUUAUCAGCAGAUGUCCCUGGGUCUGGCCAAAGCUUUCCAAAAUGCUUUUUCCACUGGCUGUCUAGGCAUUCCUUCUCCUGGGUCUCACUUUCUUUGCCGGUUUCAGGAUCGUGUUAUGUGGAUCAUGCUCCUUGAAAGAGGAUUCAGUUACUGUACUGUCAAUAUUAAGGGUUUAGAACUUCAGGAGACUUCCUGUCACACAGCAGAGGCUCGCAGAGUUGAUGAAGUGUUAGAAAUGGCUUUUGAAAAUGAGGAGCAAGCAGACCAGUCUUGCAUUAACCACCAUUUUGGAAACAUAUUGACUCCAUGUGCUGCACUUCCUGUUCGACUUUACUCAGAUGCCAGAAAUGUGCUCACUGGAAUCAUUGACUCCCAUGAAAACUUGAAGCAGCUGAAGGACGACUUUAUUAAAGUCCUUGUGUGGGUUCUCUUGCAGCAUUGCUCAAAACGAUAUGUCACAUUUGAUGGUGGUGUAACAGAACAUACCUAUGGGAAUGAAGUCACAAGUAAUGUAGCAGAGACAAAUGUUAAGGUUAGCGACACUGUGAAAAAUGCUCAACAGUCCAGCAGGAAAACCCCUAGUUUGAACUCUGAGACCUUUGAUGAUUGGUCAGAUGAUGAUGAGGAUUUGUUUGGUGUAGAAACCAAAAAGCAAAAUGCAGAAAAAAAUAAAGAAAGAACCCCAAAGCAGACUUCCACUUCACUUCCAGGCUCUGUAAAUGGAGAACAUCAUUUUGGAGGUAUACAAUCUUCUAUCAAAGCCCUUCCUUCUGGAGUAUUAGGGCUUCCAGCUAUAGACAAAGGGAAGGACUAUGAAGAAAUGAGUAGGUUGGGUGCCGUGCCUAUGGUUAUCUUUAGCUCUCCUCUUUCAAAGCAUUUAAAUGUGCCACAGGAGUGGAGAUCAGGUCCCCUUCAAGGUUCUAAGAUGAACCAGCUAAUUAAACUUUUCCCAGAGGGCUGGUACAAGUUUGUCAUCAGCCGGCUAGACAUUGGUGGUAAAGAAGGAGGGCCUUCUGACAUUAUAGAAGGAGUUCAGAAUGAUGAUUCCCUGUUGCAGCUCCAUGCUUGCACGGUGAUGAAUUGCUAUGGAUUGACACUGGGAGCCGAGUCUUCAGUAACUAAUCCUAAUUGUGUAUACCGAAUGUACUGUGGAGAUCUUCCCUGGACGAUAGGAUUAGACUGGCUCUCGGAAAAAUCUGACCUUUUUCAACUUGUUCUGAAGGCUUUCAGGUAUGCCUUUAAGUUGAUGUUUGACAAAGCCAGUUUAGGCCCAGUGGAGGACUUUGAAGAGUUGGCCAACUAUUUAGAGGAAUAUGAAAAGGAUUGGUACAUUGGCUUAGUGUCGGAUAUUGGCUGGAAACUGGCAGUUCUGCAAGAAAAGCCUUAUCUCUUCUCUCUUGGCCAUGAUCCCACGAUGGGCACAUAUACGGGCCGUGUUCUUAGUCUACAGGAACUAUUGGUGCAAGUGGGAAAGUUAAAUGCAGAAGGGAUCAGAGGGCAGUGGGCCAACCUAUCCUGGGAGCUGCUGUAUGCAACCAACGAUGAUGAAGAACGCUACAGUAUCCAAGCGCAUCCCGUUUUGCUGCGCAACCUCACGGUGCAGUCUGCAGAUCCACCACUCGGUUAUCCAAUCUACUCCUCCAGACCCCUACAUGUGCCUUUGCUUUGACAUGCCAUAAUGGGAUCUUUAACUCUGUCAGGAGGGUGAGCUGUGCACUUUUUGCAUCCAACAUGUUUAUACCAGGAGUUUUAUAUCACUCAUUAAGGCAAUAGAAUCCAAAUCAUUGUUUUAGGGUGCAGAACCAUGGUCAUUGUCACAUGUGGAAGAUGCGGGUAUAAAUUAGAGCUGUACCUUUUGAUCUUAUAACAUGAUAAACAAUAGCAAAGAAUGCUGCUGAAGAGAUUUGCACUGCACUCUGUGAUUGUUGCAUUUUCAAAUUGUGACAUUUCACCCUAAGACUUGCACUAUUAUUAAUCAUUUACGAGUCUUCUGCACUGUAGUCUAGUAUCAGUUUAAUUUCUUUACACAGUCCGCAAAGUUAAAACACUGGACUCUAAAGAAGAACUGAAAGUCAUCCAAACACCAAAAAAAUGCUGGUACUUUUUCCAAAAGGUUGGAAGCAAACGUGAUGUCAAUUAGCUGUUAAUGAAGGAGAGCAUAUGACUGAAAUUGAAAGUAAUUUGCAAGAAUUGGUUGUAACUAGGACAUGAUGCAAUGGCAGCAUUUUGAGUCUUGUUCCUAACUAAAUGCAGUGCCUCCUGCCACAGUGUUCAACGUGGUUCUUAAAUACUAAACCGUUCCAAUGGCUGAUAUUUGAGUUGAUUUUACUUUUCACUAAUUUGAUAACUGUGACCAAAAUACUCAUCAGCUAAAAUAAGUUUGACCUUUUUGUGGACGUGAAGGCACAGGUAUAUCGGUAAAACAUGUAAUGAAAAGGGAAAAACGUACGUUUGUAUUGGGUGGACACAAGUGAUGAAACAAUUUGAGGAGAUUAUAAUGAAAAGUGCAUUUUUAGGUAAACCAUGCUUGAGAGAGGGGGAUGAAAUAGUCAUUCAACCGACUUCUGCUGCCAUCCGAUGCAAUCCAUGUGAAGAUCAUUUAAAAACAAUACAAAAGUCCGACAACAGUCCACACUCCUAAGUAAAGGGAGUUCAUUGAUGGGGAAGGACUCAAAAUGGGAAGUAGUGGGUACGUAUGCUCAUCAGGAAGACGAAGCGCUAAAUUAUCUCCUCUGAACUCUUCCCUAGCAUUACAUAUUCAGUCCAGGGGCUGCUGUGCGCCCUCCACAAUGGUUGUCCAGCCCUAACACUUUUUGAUUUCCUUAUUAGCCGCAACUGUCAAGUCUGGAUUGUUUGACGCAUCUCUCUGUGCUUUGGAAUCUGCUGUGAGCACACUGGAGGUGUGUACCCGACACAGGACAUUGGGCUAGCCACUCAAGCAACUGUUCAAGACAAGCACUGCUGAAAAGAACUGUGUCCACUCCAUAGCUCCAAAAAUAACCUGUUUAGCCUUAAAUAGUUUUGUUCAUUUACAGUUUAGCAGAAUGGACUUCAGACGUUUGUAUAUCUAAAUUUAAAACAAACAGAUUUUUAGGUGUAUCUGUAGUAUGCAAUUACAUAAACUCUUCAUCCAUUCAUUAUUGUACUUAAAGUGGUUCAGUGGUCCUUGUUAUCUGUGGUGUUGUAUGACAGUUCCAUAAGAGGACGAGAAGGACUGUUUAAGCUGCAGGUUUUCAAAUAACCAGAUGUAAAAUGUUCAGAAACAUGAGAUGAAGAAGGAACUGCAUUAACUAAGGCCUCACAGCUUAUAACCUGUCCCUCAUUUUUAUAUGCACAUUAUACCAGCCUGUCUUUUUACUGUAAACACAUUCCUUCACUUGUUAACAUGAAUAUGUAGAUGCCAUGGUGUGGGUCAAGAUAUCUUUCUUGCAUAAAAUGUUCAUUUAGUGCACCACAAAGCCACUGAUGGACAUUAAUGUUGCCAGUUAACCCCCUCAGUGAUACAAAUUACAGCGUCUGCAUUUAGGUUUAUAAAAUCAUGAAACUUAAUGGCCUCAUACCACUCAUUAAUGAACAAUGGCCUUGAGAUAUUUGAGGUAUUUCUAGAACUGAAAAAGUUUAAAAGAAUAAAGUAUUCAUGAAGCUACAUAGUAUUUCCUUGAAGGAUUAAAUUCUUUUUUUUUAAUAGAAAAAGAAAUCCUAAUGUGCCAUACAUCUCAAAAUUCCAUAAAUGUCAAUAAUAAUUUCAAGAUCCAGCACAUACAUCCACUUAACCACUUUCAACACCAGAUUAUAUAUGUUGUUUUUGGCCAUUUAUCAAACUGAUGUUUUAAGAAAUUCUUGAAAGUUCGGAGUAUUAGCUGGUACAAACUGCCUUCUGAAAUCAUUGCUAGAGCCUUUCGAUACCGAAUGGACACCAGAACAAAUAUGCAAACUCCAUAUUCACUUGAAAGAUGGGAAAUAACAAACCAAGCACAGACACCAUACUGCAGCUGUUAUGAAGUGACAGUUUGUGAGCAGAACAUUCUGCAAAGGUCCAAAAUGAGCCUAUGACAGGGGGUCCCCAGCUCCGAUCCCAAAGGGCCUCAGUGGCUGAUGGUUUUCUUUCCUGCCACUUCUUUAAUCAGUGACUGGUUUCUGCUGUUAAUUGACUUCUUUUCCAUUCAGUUUAAUUCUCUUGGUUUUAAGAGUCCAUCCUCUGAAUUGUUUUUUUUUUUUUCCUUAAAUGCCAGCCCAACAAAAGCAUGAUGUGAAGUACAGUAAGUCAACAGAUGACCAGCUAAGUCGGGGUCUCAAACUCUAAUUCAAUUUCACUCCAACUAGUUUCUUAAUUAAAAGCAACUUCUUCUUGUUAAUUAAAGCUGUUAUUUAAUUCCAUGACCUGUUGGUGCGUUCAUUAUGCCUUAGCAAACAUUUCUAAAACUGUUCAUUUUCUUUUGUCUUAGAGCACCAUAAAAUGUUUUGUGGACCUGAGCAGAUCAAUAUUUCUGAGACCUUCUCCUUCCUUUUUUUCAAAUAUUGUUUGAUGGAUACAGGUUAGCUAGUCAUGUGUUGGGUUUUUUGUAUCUCAUUAUUGCUUGGCUGCUAAUUAAGGAAAAAAAAUAAGGGGUCUGAGUGUUAAAUAAAAUGAAGACAAAAAAAGUUAACUAGCAACAAAUACUGGCCUCCAAUUAAGAGAUCCAGAAAGAGAUACAAAGUAAAAUGGUUCAAGCCUUGAAGAAUUAUUAGUAGCUGCUCUUUCUUUACCUUUGGCUUGUAGACUGUGCCAAGAUAAAGUGGGUAUGAGAUGGCUGGAGCGAUAGCUAAUAUAUUGGAUGCAAUAUUUACAUUUGGUUAACACCAACUAUUUAAAUAUUUCAAAAAUCAUUAAGCAUAUUUGUACCAUUUAAUUUAAUUUUGUUUUGCUUUAAUUUGUUUCUGCAAUGAAGAAGGGGGUAUCCUGUGCUGUAUAACAUGAACAAUUUGUUAGUUUAAAAAUUAUUUUAAGAAAUCAGUGUUUUCAUUUUAAGAAAAUAUAAAUAUGGCUAUAAAAAGAAUGUUGUUCUUAGCUACUAGCAUUAAAGAGAAUGGGGGCCUACACAUUAACACAGUUCUAGGAAGCACACAUCGUUACAUCGAAGGAAGCCUCACAGAUACAGUCCGGAUUAGUAGAACGAAAUACACCUUACAGGUCUUGGUGUACUUUUGAGUGAUUCUGCCUUGCUUUAAAUACAGAAGUUAAUCCUUUUACCUAAGUUAAAGUCUAUGAACUUCCAGGCCAAAACUAAAGUUCAGCAAGCAAACAACAGUGUGAAUUCAUAUCACCCAAAGUUAGAAAACAGUCAGUCUAGAAUUACUUUGAAACCUGAACUUCUUGAUUGCUCCUCAUCCAUCCAUCCACACAAAUUCUAAGCCCACUACGGGGUUAUGCAGAACUGGAGCUUAACCCUGAAGGCUUUCAGAGCAAGGUUGGAAACAACAUUGGAUGAGUGGCCCGUCCUUUCCUUGACAUGGGGACAAUUUAGAAUUUCCCAACAUAUAUAGCGCUGUGAUGCCUGAAACCAGCAAAUCCAAUGCGCAAACUCCACCUAGGCAGUGCCGGAACUGGGACUUCAACCCAGUGCUCUACAGCUGUACAUGUCACUCUGUCACAUAUUCAUCCCACCCUUGAAGAACACCCACAUUUUCGUUUCACAUUUUAUUUAAGCCAGGGGUCAAGCAAUUGUGGAAAUACUGAGUUUCUGCCUCAUUUUAAGUGCUGUUGGUUCUGUCCGCUUCCUAGAGCACCACAAAUAACCUUGAGCAGAAUGUAGUGAAGUGCUGGACCAGCUACAUCAUGAAGUAACAACUUAGCAGUUUUAGGUGGGUACCAAGCCAAACCAAUGGUUUAGAAAUGUUUUUGUUAUAUAAAAGUUAAUAAAUAUUGUUAAUGGUAAAGAUCACUGAAAAUGGGGGGAAAAAGACGCUUUUUUUUUUUUUGCAAGUAGAUAACUGGUAACUUGCAUAUAUUAUGUGUGUAACACAAUUUUUCAAGAUUGUUUAAAAAAAUAAAAUGUUUUGUAACAAAUGG